UCGUAAAAAUAACAUACAAAUGUAAUUUGAAUUACAAAACAAUUAAAAAAAUAAAUACCAAAGUUUAGGUAAAGGAAAAUGAUAAUUCUUCUUACGCAGGCUUUUAAUUUUCUUGCUACAGUUCUACAGCAAGUGUUGUAUUUAGCAUCUUUCGUUGGACAAUUAAUUGUGAUCACACUAUCGUCUCUUAUAAAUUUUAUAUUUCGAAGUUUAAAAAGUGCUUUAGUGUUUUUUCAAAUUGUAUACGAAGACAAUGUUUUUAUAUUUACAGAAGAAUUACCGAACUAUUUAUCAUUAUAUUUUGAGACUGUAUGUGUACAAUACUUGCAUAUUAAGAGUGGUUUGUGGCUACUGUCCAGUGAAAUAAUAUUUAAAAUUACCUCUCUACUUACAUCAAUCAGCACUUUGAUUGAUACAUUACUCUUAAUAUUUUUUGAAAUAUUUAUGACUUUAAAAAAGACUUUGUUGCUAUUAGGAGAUGCUCUAUGGAUAUUAAUAACAUUUAUACCAUUUCAUUUACCAUAUUUGCUCAGAGUACUAGUAAAUUAUAUCAAAGAGUUUAUUAUUACUUUGAUUAUUGAUAUGUACAAGAGUCUAUUAAAGUUUACAAACUUCUUAUCAGAUGUGCCUUUUGAAUCAUUCAUUGGAAUUAUGACUGCUAUAGCCUUAAUACGCUUUUAUAUAAUGUUUCAAGUAGAAAUACAUUUGGAGAUAUGGAAUAUAUAUUUUGCUAUUGUAAGAAAAUUGUGGUAUUUCUACUAUUCAGUUUAUAACUACUUUAUAGAUACAAAUGUUGCUAUAAUAGCUAGAAUUGCUAAUGGAGAACAAAUUAUGACAAGAGAUAUCCCACCAGAGGAUGUAGAGGAAAUAAAUCCAGCUGAUGCAUUAUGUGUUAUUUGCCAAGAAAGACAAAAGUGUGUAUUAAUAUUACCAUGCAAACAUGUGUGUCUUUGUAGGGAGUGCUGUCUACGCCUUUAUGGGUAUCAGCGUACUUGUCCUAUUUGCAGAACAUUUAUUUAUCAUUCAGUAACCAUUUAUUUGUGAUAUUGCAUUGUAAUACAGAUCUUGUACUCUAUAAUUGGAAUAAUAUAUUGGAAAAAUAAAAUUUAAUUUUUUAUAAAAUA